GGUAAUCUACGUGAAAUCAACCAAGCAGAAUGCAUGCAUCAGCCUCCCAGGAUAAGAACCGGAGGAAGCCAGGUCACAAUGAAGGUGCUCACAAUCCUGACUAUGAGAAUAUAACCUUGGCCUUCAGAAACAAGGACCAGAUCAAACUCAGCCAAUCAACGCCCACAAAACAAGCCAAGUUCAAGCCAUCCCUGGACACAGCCCCAGUUCCCCCUUGGUUGCACAGAAGCAUUAUGAUGCUGUAUGUUCUCCUCGCUCUCAUCUUUUUAUCCUGCAUCGUCCUCUCCGCUUUGGUCCUGGUGAAAAAUUCUCAAAUGUCCAAGGAGCUGUGGACCUUGAAAGCAGAGCUCUCGAAUGUUUCAAACGCGGUGUGGAAUAUCCAGGAGCUCCAGAAUUCGCAAAAGGAUAUUUGGAAAGCUGUCCAGAGUGGCAUCAACGAGGCCAAGAAUAAGAUUGCUAUGGCCAUUAGCAACAUCCAGAGCGGAAAUGACAAGCUGAAGACAGUGACAGCAGAUAUAACCCAAAUCAAGAGAACUCUUGAGACACUGGAGAAGGCACAGCCUAAGCCCAGUAAAUAAGAGGACACCACAGCCACACCUGUGAGGACUCCGAAUUGCACCUGCUAGUGAAGAUGGCAAAUGGGGGUACCUAGCUUGAGUGUGAACCUGCCUUGUAUCCUCAUAUAAAAAAUUCUCCUCCUGGGGGAGUGAGUGUUAAAGAGGUGUGCAUGCAAAUGAGCAUUGUGUGGUAUUUGGAGUUUCUCUGUAUUCAAGGAGAAGGUUUUACGGUGGAAAGAGAACAUGGAAGUCACAGCAGGUGUAACUGUUUAUGGGCCACAUAGGUGUAUGCCCUGGCAUAUAUGAGUAUAGUUGUGUCCUGGUUGGUAGCUGUUCCCGUGAAGCCCCCAAAGUGUAAGUGACAUGUAGGACAUGCCUCCCCCAUUAUCUUGAUUAUGUAUGUGUGCAUCUGGCUGUUUUGUUAUGUGUGGCACUGCAGUGGUAGGUAAUAGACAUCAUCCUGGGGAUGUGUCAUGACAUGGGUCAUUCCUAGUGUGCUUGGCCAUGUCAGCUUGUGUGUUCAGAGCAUGUACCCAAAUGUACUUGUAUUUAUGAUUCAUGAUGAUAAAUGCCAAGGGAAAUGAUAUGACUCUGGGGCUGUUUGGCGGAUGCCUGUGGGACAGAACUUUGGGACCUGGUGGGGAAAUUGGAUUUAGGACUUGGAUAUGGAGAUGAAACAAAACACCCAGUGCUGGAAGACAGGCGUGGUGCAGUUGGGCUGUAAUUCCAUUACUUGAGAGGCUGACUGAGAUAAGAGGAUCGUGAGUUCAAGGCCAGCUCUGGUUACAAAAGUGGAGCUGGGGUGGGGGUAGUGAGAUGGCUCAGCACGCAAAGUCACUGUGGUAGAACCUGACCUGAGUUUCAUCCCUGGGAUCCACACAGUGGGAGAAGAAAACCACCUCUGAGCCCCACCUGCAUACCAAGGCACAUGAAAGACACAAGACU